CCUGUACCGCGACGCCGGCUACCAGCUGAGCGGCGCCGCCUACGUUGUGGAGAAGUACCUGGGCAACACGUGGCUGUGGGACCGGGUGCGGGUGGUGGGCGGCGCGUACGGCGGCUUCUGCUCCUUCGACUCGCACUCGGGCAUGAUGACGUUCAUGUCGUACAGGGACCCUAACCUGCUCGACACGUUGGAGGCGUACGACGGCUCGGCGGAAUUCCUGCGGUCGCUGGAGCUGUCAAAGGAUGACCUCACCAAGGCCAUCAUCGGAACCAUGGGCGACAUCGACGCCUACCAGCUGCCCGACGCCAAGGGCUACUCGGCCCUGGUACGGCACCUGCUGGGGGUGACGGAUGAGGAGCGGCAGACGCGGCGGGAGCAG